UAAAUGUCCUUUAGCUCGGGAAUUUAGCCUUGAUAUAUGUAAUUUGCCGUUAAAGUGUGUUAUUGUGUUCAGUAACGUGUUUUAAUUAGUGGGUUGCGGGAAGGACGGCAUCCACAAAAUAUUGGGAACAAUGUAAACCAAACCUGUUUUUAAUCGUUUUUUAAAUGAUUGUGCAUGGAGGAAAGUAUAUACCUUUAUCUCUUCUCUCCGCCUCUUUAAGUGUGGCCUACAUCUGAAUCGUUUCGGUGCUUUACAGUUUGCACAGCAGCCUGUACUCUGCCCCACAUUAUAUUUGGCAAUUCUCUCCACCACUCGCUCGCCCGUCGCUGCGUAAAAGGCAUCUCGCUGUGCUUGGAAAUGCAGUUGUUUUUGCGCACAAAGACGUCUCCAAAAUGGACUUAAAAACCGAACUCCUCAAGUCUAUCUGGUACGCUUUCACAUCGCUGGACGUCGAAAAAUGUGGGAAAGUGUCCAAAUCGCAGUUGAAGGUGCUGUCCCACAACCUUUACACGGUGCUGAACAUCCCACAUGACCCGGUGGCUCUGGAGGAGCACUUCCAGGAUGAUGACGAUGGGCCGGUGUCUAAUCAUGGUUACAUGCCCUACCUCAACAAAUAUAUACUGGAUAAGGUCAAAGAGGGGAUCUUUGACAAGGAGAAGUUUGACGACCUGUGCUGGAUGAUGACCAUGAAGAAGAACUUCAGAGGGUUACCAGAGGGGGCAAUGCUUUCGGAAAGAGACUGUUUCAAGCUCUUCUGUUUAUUCAACCUGCUGUCUGAAGACCGCUACCCGCUGGUGAUGAUACCUGAGGAGGUGGAGUAUCUCCUGAAAAAAAUCUCCACAGCUAUGAGCCAGGAGUGGGAUGAGAAGCCACUGGAGGACUUAAUAUCCCAGGAUGCCCCGGUGCAGGAAAGUGACAUGUCUGUAUGGACCUUCCUGGAGCACAUGGCUGCUGGCCGGCUGCUGAGGGUCACCAGCGCAGAGACCUUCAGUCUGGCUCUGAACGGGGUCUUUCUGGAGAUGUAUCACAAUGUUCUCAAAAGGGGUUAUAUGUGGAAAAAAGGCCAUGUACGUAGGAACUGGACUGAGCGCUGGUUCGUGCUGAAGCCCUCCUCCAUGGCUUACUACGUCAGCGAGGCAUUAAAAGACAAGAGAGGGGAGAUCCAGCUGGAUAAGAGCUGUGUCAUAGAGACUAUUGCAGACAGGGAGGGGAAGCGCUGUUUGUUUUGUGUGAAGACUCAAGCUAAAACCUUUGAGAUGAGCGCGUCUGACCAGAGACAGAAGGUGGAGUGGACUCAAGCUCUUCAGACAGCCCUCCGUCUCCAGAGCGAGCGCAAGGCCUCACUUCACUAUGAGCUGAAGCUGAAGCGGCGGGUCCAGCGGGAACACAGCCACCGAGAACGCAGCCGGAGCGCCCGGAGCAGCGGGAGCAGCCUGAGCAGCCUAUCAGAUGACUCCAACACUCAAGAGAUGGAGAAGAUGGAAAAAGACAAAGACAGACAGGAUUCAGAAAUAGAAAGUAUCAUACAGCAUGCGCGUGAAUUAGAAACUAAACGAAGGGAGGCCGAGGAAAAAGAGAGGAGGAAACAGAAGGAGGUGCAGAUGGACCUGGAGAGACAGCUGAAGGAGGCCGAGUCGCUGAGAGACAGCAUGCAGGCAGAGAUGCAGGAGAAGGAAAAGGAGGCUGAGCAACAGAAGAAGAGGAUCCAGGAGUUGGAGCUGACUCAGCAGCAACUGGAGUCUGCUCUCAACAUGGAGAUCCAUGCCCGGCUGGAGGAGGAGAGGGCCAGACAGGAACUGGAGAGGGUGCUGCGGGCAGAAGAUGCGAAGAAGAAGCAGUUCCAGCUCCUGCAGGAGCAGCAGCGGGCCAUGACAUGCCUCAGCCCCAUACAGGAGGCCUCAGACAGCUGUCCAGAUGAGGACAACCCCUCAGCUCUGCACUCCGCCUCUCAGGAGCUCCAGGAUCUGCAGGCUUCUCGCCAGAGAAGCCAUCAGCACCUGGAGGAGGUACAAGAGAAGCUAAGAUAUGCCAGUCAACAUGUACGACACUGGAACGUCCAGCUGAACCGCCUCAUGACACCCAUCAGUCCUGGAGGACGUACGGAUAAUCGCCAUUUAUCAAAAAGCAUGUGUCCCAAAAAGGAAGGAGCAUUGGCCAGUAAUGAGUUCAUCUCUAAAUACAAGAUGAUAGCCAACCAGAACAGAAAGAUGCCAGAAGGCAGUGAGAUGCUGGUGGAGCAGCUGGAGGCCACCAACCUGUCAGAUGAAACACCUGCUUAAGACUGAGAGUGGAAACUGGAAGGAGAAAAGGCUAUUUAUAAUACAAGAAAAAAAUCUGCAUGAGCAUUGUAUUAUAUUUAUAUUUUUAAAACACAUACUAAAAUGGAGAACAAUAAUGACACACCAUGUGAGGAUGCAGGAUUUAAUGAAAAUAUUUUUGAUCACCUGAGAAAUAGGGUUUUGUACAAUAAAGUUUUGAUGUUA